CAGCCCCGCCCCGCCCCGGAGAGCGCAGCGGAGGCCGCGGAGCCGCUGCCCAGGAAAUAAACACAGGCUCUGAUGCGGGCAGCGCGAUGAAAUUCGGGUGCCUUUCCUUCCGGCAGCCCUACGCGGGGUUGCUCCUAAACCAGAUCAAAACAGUGGAGACUCGCUGGCGUCCCUUGCUAGCGGGCUACAAGAACUGCACCAUUGCUAUUCAUAUCGCUGUCAAGGACUGGGAAGACGAAUCAUGGAGAGACAUUCUUCUGAAUCGGUUUGGUAUGACAGCAAAACAACUGCAGGAUUUGUUGGAUGAAGGGGAAAAAUUCGGUAGAGGAGUUAUUGCAGGAUUAAUUGACGUUGGAGAGACAUCACUGUAUCCAGAAAACCUGCCUCCUGAAGAGAUUCUGGAGCUGGAAAACAAGGCUGUCCUCUGUAAUCUAGAAGAAAAAUACUUGACUGUUGUUUCAAAUGCAAGAUGGCUCCUGGAACCGAUUCCUGCCAGAGGGAGAACAGGUGUGUGGCAGGUGGACAUCCCUGAAGAACUGAUCCCUUCAGAAGUGUAGGCGUUGCCCCUUACUACUGUUUUUCCUGCCUAAAAGCAAACUUGUAAUUCACAAAUCAACAUCUUGAAUACAUCAGCAUCUUGUUUAGGAUUCCCUUCCAAAACUGUUUGAAAUGGCAAAUACAUUUGAAGAACUCUUUUAAGGCAAAACAAGCCAGAUGUGAUUUUUACGACUAUUACUGGAAGUUAGUAAUGUUUUUUUCUAGAUUUUUCUAUAUAAACAACUAAGUAAACACUCUUUUUUUAAAAUACAUAAUUUUGUAUUGUGUGCCAAUUUAAAAUGUGAGUAAAUAAAACUAUUAUGUGAUGCUUGCAUCUCUGAUUAUGGGAAAAUAGUGCUUAAAAGCAGGCUGCCAUCAUUACUAGGACAUCUGUCUUACAGCCCUCUCCUAAGCCUACUUUAAGGACAGAUUGUUUCCACUCCCAGGGAAGUACACAAGAUGAACAUAUGAAGGAUCCAGCUCUGUGACCUGACAGGUGUAGCAAGGCCAUUAUGAGAAAGAAGGUGCUUGUUAAGAAUGAAAUGAAGCAAGUAUUACAUUUCUUUCUCUCAUUUAUAAUGAAAAAUACCAGUAAUCUUUCAAAACCAUACAAACUGAUCUAGAAAGCCAACCAGCCACUUCAGCAAUGGAAUGAACAUGUAAGCAGCUGGGUGAUGCUGACACAUACCUUCUCAUCCUUCAGCCAAUGCCACAAGAAAACAGCACAUCUGGUACAGCAAGACACAUAGCAAAUUAAAAAAAAAAAUCCCACUGAGAAUAUCUUUGUUUUGUGUUUAAAGUACUUGGAAAUAAGCAAUGUAUAUUCUAUCAGCAUUUCUGUUACUCAGAAAUGGUACUUCAGGAGAAACAAAUGUCAGAAAGUUUACUGCCAUCCUCAUCUCCCAUGUAGUAACGGCUUAUUUCUUGGAACAGCAGUUUGUCCCAUCAGAAUAUUCCGAGUUAGUUUUGGACAGAGGACCCAACGUACCUUCCUAGCUGUUCCUCCUGCUGGCAAAUCAUUGCACCACCGUUCCUUUGAACAACUCUUCAUGAAUCACUACACACUUUCCUUUGUCACCCCACCAAAGGGACUCAAACCAAUUGCUCUCAACACCAUCCCAGUGCUGCUUUGGAAAGCUGAAAUAUGUGGAGGCAUUGCUUUGGCUAGAGCUCUCCUCAGAUGGAUUCAGAUGAUCUCUUCAGUAUUGCUUGGAUGGUUUGUAGAGACCUUCUUUCUAUUGGAGAUCCAAAGGCAGUGUCACUAACUGCUCUUUUGUCACAUGCUGGAUGAAGUCAAGCUUGACUCAACUCCAUUGGCCAGAACAGAAUCACAUGAAGUUUCCGAUGAGGAAAGCUCAAUCCUAAAUUCUUUUCUCUUGGUUUCAGCAAAUUUUUCAGUUGAAGCCAUUUACCUUAGCAGCCAGAUGGCCCUGCAGACAGCCAGCUGAAAGGGAAGUGACCAACUGACUGAGAAUCCCAAGGGAAAAUUCUCAGUCAUCACUAGGACACCCAUGCUGUGCUGCCGUGACAUCAGAGCAGCAUCCAGUGUCCCAGUGACAUGAAACAGCAGCAGCAAGUGUUAAAUAUCACUUGUUGGUUUUCAUUUACAGAUUUUUUUUUUUUAACUCGAGCCACAAAGCAAAUAAAACUGC